GCCUCAUCGAUAGUGACAUUGAAUCUCAGAAACAAUGGAUUGUCGGGAAAAAUUCCUCGGUGGAUUAGAUCAUUUUCAAACCUUCGGGCUCUUUUACUGAAGGGAAACAACUUUGAAGGUCUGAUCCCUCACGAGUUGUGCCAGGUAAAGAACAUGAGCAUAAUGGAUCUAUCAAAUAAUAAUCUCUCAGGAGCCAUUCCAUCAUGUUUGAAUUAUCUUGAUUUUGGGAACCUAAGAGUGCUCGGAACAUUUAGUACGCUUUCUUUUUCGACAGCAUCUCCCUCUAUGAUAUAUAAGUUCAAUUCGAAGGUUUCAUUCUUCGUUGAAAGUGCUGUCGAAAAUGCUUGCACGAAUGAUAAGUUAAUAGAAGUGCAGUUCAUCUCCAAGAGCAGGUUGGAAUCUUACAGGGGAAAUAUCCUGGAAUACAUGUCUGGGCUAGAUCUCUCGUGCAACAAUUUGACUGGUUCUAUCCCACGAGAAGUUGGAUACAUGAUCAAGCUUCUCGUAUUGAACCUUUCAAAUAAUCAUCUCAUGGGCCCGAUUCCAAGCACAUUCUCUGGAUUGAAGCAAAUAGAGAGUCUGGACCUUUCAUACAACAGGUUGAGUGGCAAAAUACCACCGCAGUUGACAGAGCUCUGCUUCUUAUCGAUCUUCACUGUGGCUCACAAUAACCUAUCGGGGCAAACACCUGAAAGGAAAAACCAAUUUGCCACGUUUGAUGAAAGGAGCUACGAAGGUAACAUCUUCUUCUGUGGGCCGCCAUUAGAGAGUUGCAAUACUUCGGGGCAGUCUCCGCUGACACCACCAAUUCCGGAUCAAAAGGAAGACUACUCCUUCAGAGAUGCCUUCGCAUGGAGCUUUGCGGGAUCAUAUGUCGUCGCAUUCCUUGGAACUGUGGCGUUUCUCUUCAUGUUAAACUUUUUUCGAUAGGCACACCCCCUGUUCUUAUUGAUAGGCAGAUUGUAUGUGAUGGAGAAGAGCUCUCCU